AUCGGUCGUGUUUUGGUCCUAGAAAGAUGGCUGACUCUUGUUUUCACGACUCUUUGUAUGAUAUACGGUAUUUUGAAAUAUAUUACGAAAGUUAAUGUACUGUGCAUCGAAUAAUAUCAUUUAUUUGAUAUUCCAAUUGUGUUACAUUUACAGACUGAAUUAUUUGCUUCUUGUAUUCUUUAAGUUUACGUCAAUAACGAUAGCUUUUAAGCGUGUCGGUAUUGCAAGCUUUAAUUUUAUAGUUUCUAAAUGAUUUUUAAUAUCUCAUUGUUUGUGUAUAUAAAGAAAAAGUGAAAUUGAAGAGCUUUAUCUAAUUGAGAAGAUGAAUAGUGAUUUAAUAGUUAAUGUAAUUCUUGGCAUUCGAUGUUGAUACAUUAGCAAUACUAUUUGGUUAGGUUGGUGUGCUAGAAAAGUAACUUAUCUAUGACACCUGGAUGUGUCAUAUGUAUGAUGUAUUGUGUUCCUUUCGGUGGUUCAUAUUAAAAGAUGCAAUGACAUUAAAUUUUUGAACUAUCAAACGAGUUGAUGAUUCGUCAACAAAAUGGCAACAAGUGAUUUUGAUGUGGAACUCUUUGAGAGAAGACUUCAUACAUUGAAGGAUUCACAGGAGUCUAUUCAAAGUCUUUCCACAUGGUGUCUUGAAAGACGACAACAUCAUAAGAAGAUUGUUGCUACUUGGCUUCAAGUUUUAAAGAAGGUAAAAGUAGAGCAUCGUCUUACGCUCUUUUACUUGGCUAAUGAUGUCAUUCAAUACUCCAAAAGAAAAAACUUUGAAUUUGUGGAAUCUUGGGGCACUACACUACAACGUGCUACCACAAUGGUUAGAGAUGAAAAAGUAAAACAUCGUAUAUUGCGGAUAUUUAAGAUUUGGGAUCAGAGACAAGUAUAUGAUGAGGAGUUCCUUGCUGAUUUAUCUGGCUUAAUAUCAGCUGCCCCAAAGAAAAAAGCAGAACCACAACCUGCUACAGUGCCAGAAGAAUUUCAGGCUGCAUUAUUGAUUUCGACUAUGAGAUCUUGUGCGACUCUAGAACAGGCAACGGAUGCUAGAUUACGUGAUUUAAGAGAUAGUAAUAUAGAGAUAGAAAAUGCAGAGGAACUUUGUGCAUCAUUAAAAGAUCGAAGAAGUGUUGAAGAUGCUGAAAAAGAAGUUGAUUUGGCAGUAAGAAAUGUUGAAAACUAUGUUCGUGCAUUGGAGGCUGAAAUUGGAGAAAGAACUCAGGUUCUUGAAUUACUCGAUCACGCAGAUCAGUUUUAUGAAACUCAAAGGAGUGAAGUUAAAAUAGUAACAAAUGCAUAUCGCAAUUUUGGUAGCAGAGUGAAAAACUUAAAAAAGAAAUUAGAUGAAUUAUUACCAACAUUGGUUUCUCCUAUUCCAUCACCUGAUGUGAAUGCUCCAUCUCCCAGCCCUGAUAGCGACAUAGAACUGCCAGGUGAUGAAAAUCAAACUACAAAUCAAUCUACGAUUAUAGAAGUUGCACCUCCAUCUAUUUAUGGUUCAUACACUCAUGAUUAUGAUCCUGUUCCUGUUCCUGCUCCAGAGUUGACACAGGGACAUGAAUCUGGAGAUUUUACUAAUAAUUUCUCCUCGUUUAUAGGAGGGAAUGUAGAUUUUGGUAAUAUGAGACAUUUGUUUAACGAAAGAUCUACAACACCUACUAUGAUGACACAACAAUAUAAUGAUUCCUUAGAGCCAAAGCAAAUAGAAGUGAUUGAUAUGAGGCCCACCAAAAGUGAAAACAAUGAAGAUUUCAAUAUAUCUAGUUUUUUGAAAACUGUCCUUCCUUCAUCAGAAGGAACACAAGAUCCUGGUGGUAUACCUGGUUUAGGUUUAGAUAUUUCUGAUCCUCAAGUGGAAUCUCCGCAACGUCCUAAUUACAGGCAUUCACCAGCAUUAGGACAGCUUCCAGUGACUCCUGUACUCUCACGAAUGAUGAGUGCUCAGGGUUCAUCUCUCGGCACUUUGAAUAAUUGUCCAAUGAACCACAGUACUCCUAUUUCCGUUCGUAACCUACCUACCGAAUCACAUACUCCUUCUCCAUACUCCAGUCAAAAUAGUCAAAGUAAUAUCACUGUGCCAUUUGAUGGCUCUACUAAUGCAAAUGUUGUAAAUCCUUUACCUCCCCCACCUCUCCCGCCACCUAUUUUUCUUGAUGACGAAAACUGCUACAAUAAACUGCCGCCUAAAUUUCCUACAUGGACUCCCUCAACUGAAAUUAAAGAACCAGCAAAGUGGGAAGAAAAGGUCUGUUAUAUAUCUCCAGGUAAAAAUAGUAUGAAUCCAUCUUGGCCUGGUGAAAAUGAUGAAAAAAAUAAGACUCCAUGGAUAGAUGGUGCUAAUGACAGAUGGGAGUCUAGUAAUGACUCUGUUUGGCCUAACAAUAUAAGAGGAAAAAGUGAAAUACUUUCUGAAACUCCAGAAUCACCACCGAUGUACGAAAAAGCUGGGUUUAAUGAUCCUGUAGAGUAUAAUGAUGCGCAACCUCAAGAGCCUCUUCUUAGUAGUGCUGGAGAUGUAGAUCAUAGGGUGAUACCAAUACCAUUAACAUCUGAGAACCAAUUACCAUACAGCUUAAUAAAGGCAGCAGAUGUCGAUCAUCGUAAUUUGAUAAGUCUCACAGGCAGUCCUGCAAAUCAUACUACCAUCAAUGAUACGGCGUUAAAUGUAUUACCAAAUAACAAUGCUUUAUGGUCUACAAGUGACCAGGAUUAUCGGCAACACAUGCAACCAGGCGAUAUCGUGGAAAGCGUUGAUAUGGAAAUGUCGGACGACGAAGUAGAUAGUAAACCGAAAGGGAGAAUAUUGGUAGAUGUCAGAUCUCAAGAUCGCGAUAUGAGGGUAUUGAAUCCAGUACAAUCCGGACAGACUCAACAUUUAGAUAUGGACAUGCGUAUGAUUCCAUUACCUUCUACCCAAAUGUCAGUACCUCGAGGUCAAAUAUUACAAGACGUUCACGUUAUUCAUCCUGGACCACCUCCACCACCGCCACCACCGCAGUUUCAUCAACCUCCAAAUAAUUUUCAUCAAACUCAAGCAGAUUUUCAUCAUAAUGCGCCAGUUGACUUUCAUCCAAAUCAGCCAAACUUCCAUCAAAAUCGACCGCCACCACCGAACUUCCUUAAAAAUCAGCAAGAAUUUCUUCCAGGGCAACAAACUUUUCACGAGGUUCAUCAACAGAAUCAGCAAGAUUUUGAAUAUCAUGAUAAUCAGCAUAACAUUAGAUCUAAUCAAGAUUUUCACGGGGAAGCGCAAUUGCGAAAUAGGUAUCAGGCAUCGGACCAUCAACAUCGCGAUACGUCAACUUUUCAUAGAAAUGAAAGGAAUGUCCGUGGUGGUCGGGGAUUUCCAAGAAAUCGACAAAAUAGAUAUUCUGAUGACCAUAAUCAUAAGCAACGUACUCCUACAGGUAUCCGAAAGUCGAGAUCACAGGAACAACAGCAGCAACAACAACAACCACAACAGCAACAAUCACAACAACCACAGCAGCAACAACCACAACAACCACAGCAGCAACAACAACCACAACAACAACGCUUGCCACCAGACAUUAUUCCAAAUAGUCGUCCUCUGUUAUUACAACCACCUGAAACGGUCCUUAUUCUUGAUGACGAAGGCAAGCCCAUAGCUAUGCCUGAAUUCGAACAAGGUGAGCCAUCAGCAAACAUACAAACUAUUCAGAAUUCAUCGCAAGAGAAAGUCUCUUCAUCGCAAGAGAAAAUCUGUUCGUUGUUAAUCGAGGAUCAUAAAACGCAACAAGACGUAUCGAGUUCUCGAAAUUCCGAACAUGGUUCUUCUGGUUAUGCUGCUACAUUAGAUAACACAUCGACAAAUGAUGAGUUGAUCAAAGGUGAUUCUGACAAUAAUCAGGAAAAGUCACCUCAAGAAUCAUCAAUUUCAGAAGAAACGAAGAAUCCUCGCGACGAGAAGUACACAUCCGUGUCGGAAUAUGUAGAACACGUGAAUUCAGAAUCUAGUCUGACGGAGAAACGAAUUGGUGAUAAAAACUCCUCGUUAGAAAAUCAAGCUCAGGAAGAUUUUACGGACACACCACAGCUAUCAGAACAGUUAGAGGUUUUGAUGGAAUCUAAAGUGGCACCAUCGAAUGAUUUAAAGAGACUGCCAACAAAUGGUGAUUUUGACGAGAAACAGGAUGAUGUGAUCAGCUGCAAGAGAAUUAUUUUAUCAAACGGUCCGCAACAAGCGGCUAUUGCGGAUGCAGGUUCAAAUGAUUCCGGAUCGUGUAGUACAUCGACGGACAUUCAUCCCACUACGGGAUAUGAGUAUGAUGUGCAUAGUAGCAGUCCAAACUUUCGACCUCGAGUUGCAGGACCAGCGAUUUUCUCACCUUGGAGAAAUGGUCCUCCUCGUAGUAGGAGUGGUUUCCGAGGUGGUCCUAGAGCUCCUUGGAUGGACAGAGGUCCACGUGGACCAUCCUCUGGGAAUUUUGUUCCAAGAGGACCGAAAAGGGGUGGACAAUUUCGGGGAGGUGGUUUUCGUAGUAGGGGGAGAAGUGGGAACUGGUUAAUAGAUAACAGAGAAGAAUCUUAUUAUAGAAAUCAUUAAAAUUUUAUCAACGAGAUGGAACAGCAUCAUACUGUCGGCACUUUUAUGAUAUUAUGUAUACUUAUACAUAUAUACAUACAUACAUAAAUAUAUUCACAUGUGUCGGUAAUUAUUU